AAGGAAAGUAGGAUUUAAAAAAAAGUUGUAGAUGUGUAUACAGAAUCGUGAUUGUGGAAAAAGUUUAAGGGUAUAUGCGAACAUUUCACAAAUAUUCUAGAGUAAAUUACCUGCAACUUUAAAAGUAUGGAUAUACCUAGGAAUGACACAGCUCACAUUAAAAUGCAAGAUCCCCUUGUGCUGGUCAUAGCUCGUUGGGUAUUGGCUAGUGUUGGUAUUGUUGCAAACUCUAUCGUCAUAUUUGUGUUCGUCUACAACAAGACUUACAAGAAGUCACUUUCGCUCAAAUUACUUCUGCAUCAGACAGUGAUUGAUUUAGGCGGUUCUAUGAUGUUUUUGAUCUUCUACAUCUUCGAUGCUCCUAAGAAUGGUACUGCUGGAACCAUAUUCUACAUGGAUCCAAAUGAGAAUGUGUGUACAGCUGAGAAAAUGCAUGCUGUAGCUGGUAUAUUAAUAAUUACAUUUCAGUUCCUAGUACCCAUUUGCAUUAUGCUGUAUUGUUACGUGAAGAUGCUGUUAAAGUUACACAAGACACGAAUAGUUAGCCAUGAACUUUCUACUGAAUUUCAACCAAGGAAUGGGGGCAGAGUUCAAAGAGUCAAGUCAGAUCUAUUGACAACACUCAUCUUAAUUGCUUUUGUUUAUAUUGUUACAAUGACUCCAGGCUUUGUUUUUAUGUUUAUUUACUUCAUAUAUCAUAGUUUUAAUGUAAUAUUUUAUGAGGUGAGUAUGUUGUUUCUGGAUUUAAAUCUUAUCAUAAAUCCAUUUAUCUAUUGUAUGGCAUACAAAGAUUUUCAACUGGGACUUUGCAAGAUCAGACAUGAUAUAUUUCAGAAUUAGAAAACCAGAAGCGUUAAAAGAGACCUGCUGUAUAAGUAUAUACUGUUGGAGAUGAGCUAGUAUAUACAGCUUGAACAAGAAAAUGUAGUGCUCACAGAGAACAAACUUUAUCCUUUGACAUUUGACUUUUGACACUAUUGUUAUAUUUCAAGUGAUUUAAAAUAUGUAACAUUUUUAGAUUGUCAUUUGAAAUUUGAGCUCAUAUUGAAAAUUUUAUCACAAAAUGAAAAGUAUAUUAGUCAACGUAGAAAAUUGACUUUUGACCAAUGAACUCUGACUUUUGACUUCCAAAAUAUUUCCAAAAAUAUUCAUAUAUCACAAGGAUCAUUGCGAGGCCAUAGACUUUGAUUACUAUACUUGUAUAAACAUACUGUACUGAUAUGUCACAAGAAUUGUUCUAAAAAUGUUUUAAUUAGACCUUGUUGAAAAGAUGACCAUUGACUAUUAAUAACCUUUCACCUCAAUU